CCGAGGAGGACGUGACUCGGAGCUGCCUCCGCUUUCUCCAAGCCAUAUUCCUUUAAGAUGAUGUAAUAGUCAUUUCCCUGGAUGGUUUCUUGCCUGCACUGCUGAAACAACAGCAUCCGAACUGCACUGGGAACUGUGGAACCACCCAGCUCCGCCGCCAGAGAAGCCGGAGCCCCGGGCCCCCCGCUGGCAUCUCUGCGCUGCCUUGGCCUUGGGCUCCCACCGGCUCCCACCUGGCUGGGAACAUGGGAGUCCGUUUGCCCUUGCCGGCAGGUGGGGUGGCAACCUGGGACCCCAGCAGGGCUCGUCUUUCCAUCUUUCUGCUUCUGGGCUUUCUGAAAAGCUUCUAAGUCCUGGUACCUCUUGCAACUCUCUUUUAAGGAUCCUUUCCAAAGAUUUUUUUUUUCCUUCUUUUUUUUCCCUGGGGAAGCUUUCGUUGAGUAUUUUCUCUGCUUUACUUCUUCAACCCAACCUUCUCUCAUCACCGUUUAACUUUUUUGUGACUUGUUUUAACUUAAGAUACGGAGUGAAUACACACGUACCUACAUACAUAUAUAAACACAAAUAUACAUUUAUAUAAAUACACAUAUAUAACAAUUAUUUUCCAAGAGCACACCUGCCUGGCACUUUUCAUUGAUACCUCGGUCGUUUACCUGUUUGGGAUUUGACAAGAUCCAGACUCAGUUUGGCUGUGGAUUCUGAUUGCUUUACAAAUGGUUCUUCCUAUUAUUGUUUUUUUCACAAGAACUGGGUCUCCAGCACUCACUAAGACGGACAUCUGAGUAACUGGGGACUUGGCCCGCCUUGCCUGUGAGCUUCAUGGAAGAUUGGAUAUAGAUGAGUUGAUUAUAUUCUAUGAAGUAAUAGCUCACUACCAUCCAGGGUUUAAACUACUUUUUCAGCAUCACUUCACCUGUGGACUCUGAUAUAUUUUGCUUUCUUGGGGGAGAAAAAACUGGGAUAAGAGGAGGUCAUUUUUAAUAGGUUAGCAUCUUUUUCCCUUUCUUGCAAGUUGAUACAAAGGAUAAGGCUGUGACUCCAUUGGAUUGCACCUUUAAAUCAAAAUAGCAGCAGCAGAAGAAAGGGACAAUGGCUCUGAGUGGAAACUGUAGUCGUUAUUAUCCUCGAGAACAAGGGGUCGCAGUUCCCAAUUCCUUCCCUGAGGUGGUAGAGCUGAAUGUCGGGGGUCAAGUUUAUUUUACUCGCCAUUCCACAUUGAUAAGCAUCCCUCAUACCCUCCUGUGGAAAAUGUUUUCCCCAAAGAGAGACACGGCUAACGAUCUAGCCAAGGACUCCAAGGGAAGGUUUUUCAUUGACAGAGAUGGAUUCUUGUUCCGUUAUAUUCUGGACUAUCUCAGGGACAGGCAGGUGGUCCUGCCUGAUCACUUUCCAGAAAAAGGAAGACUGAAAAGGGAAGCUGAAUACUUCCAGCUCCCAGACCUGGUCAAACUCCUAACCCCUGAUGACAUCAAGCAAAGUCCAGAUGAAUUCUGCCACAGUGACUUUGAAGAUGCCUCCCAAGGAAGCGACACAAGAAUCUGCCCCCCUUCCUCCCUGCUCCCUGCCGACCGCAAGUGGGGUUUCAUUACUGUGGGUUACAGAGGAUCCUGCACCUUGGGCAGAGAGGGACAGGCAGAUGCCAAGUUUCGGAGAGUUCCCCGGAUUUUGGUUUGUGGAAGGAUUUCCUUGGCAAAAGAAGUCUUUGGAGAAACUUUGAAUGAAAGCAGAGACCCUGACCGAGCCCCAGAAAGAUACACCUCCAGAUUUUAUCUCAAAUUCAAGCACCUGGAAAGGGCUUUUGAUAUGUUGUCAGAGUGUGGAUUCCACAUGGUGGCCUGUAACUCAUCGGUGACAGCAUCUUUCAUCAACCAAUAUACAGAUGACAAGAUCUGGUCAAGCUACACUGAAUAUGUCUUCUACCGCGAGCCUUCCAGAUGGUCACCCUCACACUGCGACUGCUGCUGCAAGAAUGGCAAAGGUGACAAAGAAGGGGAGAGUGGCACGUCUUGCAAUGACCUCUCCACAUCCAGCUGCGACAGCCAGUCCGAGGCCAGCUCUCCCCAGGAGACGGUCAUCUGUGGUCCUGUGACACGCCAGACCAACAUCCAGACUCUGGACCGUCCCAUCAAGAAGGGCCCUGUCCAGCUGAUCCAACAGUCAGAGAUGCGACGGAAAAGCGACUUACUCCGGACUCUGACUUCAGGCUCCAGGGAAUCGAACAUGAGCAGCAAAAAAAAAGCUGUUAAAGAAAAGCUCUCAAUCGAGGAGGAGCUGGAGAAAUGUAUCCAGGAUUUCCUGAAAAUCAAAAUUCCAGAUCGCUUUCCCGAGAGAAAACAUCCUUGGCAAUCUGAACUUUUACGGAAGUAUCAUCUAUAAGGGAGGGGUGGGGGUGGGAAAAAAAAAAAGUCAUCAUUUUGAAACUAACCUCCUAAAAGGAAUUAAUAUUUUAAAGGAAAAAAUACAACUAAUGAUGCACAUUUCUUAGAACACAAUAGUCCAUUGAUAUACUACUGCCUACUUUACCUAGUUCACCUUAACAUGUAAAUCCACAGGGUAGAUUUCUUUCUAGAUGUGGAAGUACCAGAAAAUCUUUUUUAGUUAUUUGUUUGUUUACUUGGUCCCAUGUGCUAAGUAUCUUAUAUGUAAUGAGAGCCAGCUACAUGAAAGUAGCUGAGAGGCCUUGGGAGUCAUUUAUCCCAAACUGGGUUUUUUCCUCUCAUCUUCUACCUCCCUUCUUUGAAUGAGGGUAUGGUAGAAAAAGAUCUGGCCCAAUGGCAUAGGUUUGGAAUUUUUAAUUUUGCUUUUUCCUUUUGUUUAUGGGGUAAGGGGGGAAUGGCAGAUUUAUAUGACUUUUCACUCAAAUCUAUAUGUGCCCAUUUCUAUUGGCUACGUAUGCAUGAGUGUUUGUGCAACACAAGCACAAUUAAGGAUGUAUAUACACACGAUGCACACGAUGCCAGGGCCGAGACAUCCCAAGGACUAUGCUCCUGCUCCCAGCAGCCCUCUCUUAGAACAACAUUUCAGAUGGAUGAGACUCUGACUCUUUCUUAAAACUCUUGUGGGAAGAUUUCCCAUCCUCUCUUGGCAACACUUUCUAACAUUGAAUAACCUUCAUCAUCAACAAAUGUCUUCCUUAUAUCGAAAUUAACACCCUCAGGCUCCAUUUUACUGCUUUGCCCUUUCUCUGGGUUAAGAGAGGAUGAGGAGAGCUGCUCAAACAUUCUUUGUAUUAAAAAAUCAAACAUUCAUAUUCAGAAAAUUUACUGCUAAGUGACCCCACACUCAACUUUCUCUACCCUGAACUGAAUUGUCCUUCUCUCAAAGUUUUCAGAGUUCUCACUGCCCACAGUUUAAUGGUGUGGCCUUUCCACAUAAUCCACAUUAAGUUCUGUAGUUCCUGUGUCAUUGUGGAACUAAGAACAUCACACAGUACUUGAAUAAGGUUCUGGCCUUUUCUUUGUUUUAAGUUGUAUUCCACACACUUCCUAAUAAUUUCUUAUAAAAAUUUUAAACUGCGAAGCUACAUUGUUACUUGCCUAUAGCCGGUUUUGUUUGCCUUUGGGAUUCGGGGUUUAGCUGUACCCAUGCUAGGAUUUAGCUGUGUCAUUUUUAUGGUACCUGUAACAACCCAACUAGGUAACUGGAACUCCGAAAUUAAGGUUUCAGAUUUCUAAAUGAAGCUAUCCUUUUCAAUUACAUCUUGACCUGUAUAGACACAGCCAAAAAGAAACUGUUAAUAGCCAUCCAUCCAUGUAACUCUGCAUUUAUAAGGUACCAAUAGCUCUUUCAGAGACUUGUGCGACAUGAAGGUUAAAAGACCAGUUUUUAUUUUCAGCAUUUCUCACGCAUUUUAGUAGUAACUGAAAAAAUAAUUUGUCAAUUAUUAAUUGUGUGCCAAGCACUCCUAAUUGGUUUUAUUGCGCGUGUGUGCAUGUGUGUAUGUGUAUCACAGGUAAUAAAGGCAAUUGGAUGAUGUCUAUAGGAGGAAAACAAUGACUAAUUUCUUCCUUUUGAAAUCUUUCGUGGAUGCACAUUUAUUAUGUAAGAGGUUCUGUCUUGAUUUCUGUUCUUAGUGAUGAUCAGUAUAUAAAUAUCUUUCAGAAUUUUUAUGAUUCUUGCCUUCACACUUGGAUGACAGACUCAGCCAAUGUUUUCUUCUCCUGAUAGUUUGAAUAGAGUUUAAAGUUUAACAUAAGCGAAAAGGAAAGUUUAUCUUGAGAGUUGAGUUGUUAAGAAAAUUAUAAUUUAUGGAUUUAAAUGAUGUUCUUUUCUGUAUUAAUAUAUUAGCAGAUAUUUGAUCUUAACUACAACAUAGCUUUGUUUGUAAAGCCUACCAGUAUGUCUUCAUUCUUUUCAGUGUUUCUUGAUAGCACAUGAAAAUACCAUCCUCCUAAUGACAGAAGAUCUUGCAAAGAAUCACAGAGAUUAAUGAGUGAAGAAGUUGAAUUUUGGGAAAAUAUCCUGAAACUCACUUUGGUCAAAUGAUUAUUGUGCUGUCACUGGAAGUGCUGUCAAAAACUUUGGGAUCUAACUAAAAUAACCAAAGUUCCAACUUCCUUAAAUUUUACACCUGACUGUAAUGGCCUCAGGACAGAGAGAUACCCUUAUAAGAAUUAGAGAAUUAAAAUGACAGUCAACCCAAUAUUUCUACUACAUUCUUUAAACAGGAAAUUAAACACUGCAAAAGAAGUGUUCAUGGCAGUGUUCCUCCGACUCCUGACCUGUCAUGAGUUUUCUCUGCUCUGGCAUUCCUUAUACACCCAGUGAACAAAGCUAGGAUAGAAAACCUGUUUAAAACUACCACAGCAGCAUCGUUUCAUUUUGGAACAACUCUAGGCUGGUACCCAUCCCUUGGUAAAAAAUUUCAGGUAACACAACAGCACGGCAUUUAUUUGCGUGGGUGUUUGUAUAGAAAUGAUCAUAGACAUGGUCAGUAAAGGGCUCUGAGAAGGAAACCUUCAGUCUAGCUUGAGUGGAGUUAUUAAGUGAGGUCCAGGUAGCCUGCAACAUUGGAAAUGAGUUCUGGGUAAGUGAGUUAUAAGAUUACAUGCUCUAGUAACCCUGGUAGUCACUGUGACUCAGGCAUGUUUCACUGAAGUUAAAGUAGUUUUUCGAACUUUUAAUUUCAUUCUGAAGAAAACAAUAUAUAUGGUUUGCUUUUUGAACAUUGGUUAUGACAAGGGCCAUAAAUUGCUAAUAUGAAGAAGUCAGUAGUAUCAAAUGGACAAAAUGAAUGGGGAAUCACAUGUGUAGAGCCCCAACUUAGAUUGCUUUCUGGAAAAUCCCGUGAUGCUAACAUCCAGUGAGCUUGGGAAGAUCAUUUCCUGAAGGCAUGUGGGUCUUCCAAAGUCAGAAACAUAUUUACAAA